AACAAAACUGGUAGCAUAGGGCCAACAGGCGCCCAUAGAAAUUUCCUUUUCCUUUUUCCUUUUUUAAUUAUUUAAAAAAAAAAAUUGAAGAGAAGAGAACCAUCCAAUAAUUUGUAUUCUAAUAUAGCUCUUUCUUUCCCUUCCUCUCAAAAAAUAAUAAUAUUAAUAAAUUAAUAAAAAAAAGAGUGAAUCUUGUUCUCUCAUCCAUUGUUUUGUUUUUAGCAAACACUGUAAAUAUAUUGUUACAUAAAUAUUUUCCCAGAAUUAAAGAAACAAACUUCACCCAAAUUCAUUGUCCAAGAUCAAGUUUUUACGAUGGAUUUUCGAUUUCUUCUUCUUCUUCUUCUCGCCCUUGUAUGCUUCUUUCCUCAUCUCUCCCUUUCUGCUGUUCGAGUUCCAAAAUGGCUUGUUGAAAAUAAAGGAGAUGAAUCAGUGAUACGGAUGAAAACGGGGGCUUCUUCUGUUUCGUUUGAUCCAACUCGGGUUACUCAGCUCUCUUGGAACCCUAGAGCUUUUUUGUACAAAGGAUUUCUAUCUGAGGAAGAGUGUGAUCACCUAAUCCAUUUGGCUAAGGAUAAGCUUGAAAAAUCUAUGGUGGCUGAUAAUGAAUCGGGUAAGAGUAUUAUGAGUGAAGUUAGAACGAGCUCUGGAAUGUUUCUUCAAAAGUCUCAGGAUAAAAUAGUUGCUAACAUUGAGGCCAGAAUUGCAGCAUGGACUUUCCUUCCACAAGAAAAUGGGGAGUCGAUGCAGAUAUUGCAUUAUGAGAAUGGUGAGAAGUAUGAACCACAUUUUGAUUAUUUUCAUGAUAAGGCGAAUCAAGAAUUGGGUGGUCACCGGGUUGCCACUGUGUUGAUGUAUUUGUCUAACAUUGAAAAGGGUGGGGAAACUAUAUUUCCCAAUUCAGAGGCGAAAUUAACGCAACAUAAAGAUGAUAGUUUGUCUGACUGUGCUAAAAAUGGCUAUGCAGUGAAACCAUACAAAGGUGAUGCCUUGCUGUUCUUCAGCCUUCAUCCAGAUUCAACCACCGAUGCAAGUAGCUUGCACGGAAGCUGCCCUGUCAUCGAGGGUGAGAAGUGGUCAGCCACCAAGUGGAUUCAUGUUAGGUCCUUUGACAAGCCAAUGAAGCGAUUAAGUAGCGAUGGUUGUACGGAUGAAAAUGCUAGCUGCCCUCUAUGGGCCAAGACAGGUGAAUGUGAAAAGAACCCUAUAUAUAUGGUGGGUUCUGAGGAAGCUCCUGGUUUUUGCAGGAAGAGUUGCAACGUUUGUUCUUCCUAGGGAGUCUAAUUUACUUUUCCAUAUAACCUCAUAAUUACCCUGAGGAGGUGUUGGUUCUUUAGAGUCCAAGAUAUUGUAUAUAAUAUAAUGUACCAUUGAGCCCUGUGAUGUUGUAGCUGUCUAACUUACCCUCUUGGGUUACAUCCACAUUUUUGAACUGUUUAGUGUUAUUUUUGAACAGUUAUGUCUCGGAUGGUUAAGUUAUUACUCUCUUUUUUAUAAAGGAUCAUCUAUUUCAUAGAA